AAGAUGGCGUCCUUCAAAGUGACCUUUCAAAAAUUCUGCUUCUAAUCGUGAUCAAAAGCCGACGCGAUGCUUUUUCAAUGAUUUAGUGUGUUAGCAAUGGAAUGGUCCAAAGGAAGAGUAGUUUUGAGCACUAGAAAGUGGUAAUAUUUUCCCAAUCAUUUCUGCAACGCCUCUUACCGCUCUAGCUUUUUUGUUGGAUUUGAAUCCUUAAAAUGGCACAGAAUUUGGCGGUAGAUUUGAUGUUGAGGACUUUGAUGAGUUCCCUUGAGUUCAGGGAAUCGGAAAACAAAAACUGGGAAGGAGUAGCCAAGCUAAUUCCUGGAAGCUCUGCACAACAGUGUGCAAAAAGAUGGGCAGAAAUCCAGCAAACCUCAACUUCACAGCAUUCAUCUUCAGACUCCAGACACCUCUCCAAAUUAUUAAACUCUGUUUUGCAUUUUGCUGAUGAAAAAGAAUUAACGAAUGAGACUGUGCCAAAGGACAUAGUAAGGAGUGACCCACAAUCAGCUUCAGUUAAAACCAACAGCUCUCCAGGUCAACAACUUCAAACCAAUCUGGAAGCAGGACUUAACAAAAGGACAUCAGAGGCAUCUUCCUAUGUAGAAAGUGGUGAAGAAUCAUUGUCAAAGCAGAAAUCAGUUCUCAGACAACCUUCAAGAUCGGCCUUGUCACAAGCUUCAAAUCUGGAGUCAUUACAAGGGCCUAACAUGGUUAUCCAUGUGUGUGAUGAAAGUAAGAACUUAAAACAAGACUUCACAUGCCCAAGGGACUUGCUGAUAAGUGAGAUGAGAUAUUUCGCUGAGUAUUUGUCAGUGGAAGCCCAACGAUGGGAGGAGGUUGAUAUUUCUGUUCAUUGUGAUGUGCAGAUCUUUGAUUGGCUGAUGAAGUAUGUUAAAAGACGGCUUCCAGAUAAGAGCAAAUCCAGGACUGAGGAAAAGAAACCCAAACUUGAACCAAACAAUGUCAUAUCCAUCUUGAUAUCUUCAGACUUCUUAAAGAUGGAUGCACUGGUAACCGAGUGCAUCCGCUACUGUCAUCAGAAUAUGUCAGCCAUUGUAGCCACGCCCUGUAAUAUGAACUGUAUUAAUGACAAGUUGGUCACUAGAAUAGCAAAGCUGUUUAACCAUAAUGAAUUAGAAGCAAUCAAGGAUCGAAAGGACAAAUUUAAAAGCAAACUGUUUUGCAAGAAAAUCGAAGAACUGUUUGAUCCAAGGCUCCAAUCAAGUUCAUCUGCAAAUGCCAGUACUCUUUUCAGAUGCAUCGCUUGUGGAAGACUUCUGACAGCAGAAUCUCAAGGCAAACUACGAUGUGUUCCUAACAGAAUGAUGGUGAAUCAUCGAGGAAGAGUGUCUUACGUCCAUUCACGGGACUUUACCUGGGAUGUGAAUGACUACCUUCUUGGAUUAAGAGAUGAAGUUAAAUCUUGGAAAGAAGUUUACUGGAGAUUAUGGGGUGCAGUGAAUGUCCUCUAUUGUCACCGCUGCGGGAAUUAUUUCCAGUGCUCAGAGCUGGGUCACUGCAGCUAUCACCCGAUGACUGUAGAUUUUGGAAACUUGGAGUGCGCAGCGACCAAGAUAGUUGGAAUAUAUCCCUGCUGUCAGCAACGAGUAUUGCAUUUUGAUCCAUCCCUUGAAGGCACUGGCUGCUGUGUGCGUGAUCACAAACCAACAUUAAAUAAACCAGUUUCGAACACAGCGGAGAACAUGGAGAACUCAGCUGAAUCGAGCGAUAACAAGAAAGAUGACGACUUAAAAGCAGAAAACAGCGAAGGAAAUGCAAAGAACGAUAACAACGAAGGAAAAUCAUUCCAACCGGAGAAAGGAAAGUCAACAGAAGAGGAACAGAACACUGAGCAAGAACCCGAUGCUGAGGCUUCUGAAAAGUUACCUUUCGAUAAAAAUUCAGCUUCUAACGAGGAGCCAGCAAUCACCAACAAUCCAACUGUUGUAGAAGAUAUGUUUGCACAUAGGAACGCUAUCUGUAUACCAUUCCGCAGAUUAUCAAGUGCGAGGUCUUCCGAAUUGAAUGUGUUUGGUGUGGAGGAGUUAGCUUUAGCGAACAUGAAUACCAGAGACCUGGAGAGCAACACGAGCGCCCUAUCGGACAUGAUAGACCCAAGUGAACGAAAAGUUUUAGAAUUUCCUACGUACCUACCCUCGAUAAGGCGAAGCCGAAGUCGGUUGGUUCAUCGUAGCUCACUGCGCAGAAUGAAGUUUCAAGCUGGGAACAAGGACGAUGACUAUGACCUGGGAGAAGACGAAGAUCAACCUGAGUCGGAGGACAAUGAUUUGGAGCAAAAACUCUUAUCUCGAGAGAAACCACGACCUCCGAGAAAAGUCACCUCUGCGUCCAGGAAAGAUUUCAGUACGUUUAAAAGUUACAAGUGGGACUCACAACGUUCCGUUCGCUGGAACCAGGAUGCACAGCGCGAAGAAGAUCAAAAGCGCAUGACAGAGUUGGUUUCCUAUUUGGCUCGACAGCGGGCUCACACGCCACAAGAGAAAAGCGAUAGCAAACAAAAACCAAAAGAAUUUGUAGGAGGCAUUUUCUCUAAGUUGGACAUUCAGUUUCGUGCGUCACAGCAGGCCGUUGUAUCGAAGACACAGUCCAGCGGGCCACCAACAGGAAACAGUCAAAGAAUUCGAAAGAUCCAACUGAAAGUAACCACGUGAUGACAUGAAAAAGAAAUACAAUUUGAAAGGCAAUUUAACUUAUUCUUCGUUGUUUGUAAUAAUAUUCAAUAUUCAUUUUUAAUAUGAUGUAUGCAAUUCUUGUAGAAUGUGUGUUUAA